GUAUCGAGUAUGAGUUACUUGCUACCCGCAGGCAGGCCAUAAACCAUCGUCAUUCGUUAGAUGGGCUUCAGGGUAGCUUUUUUUUUUUUUUUUUUUUUUUUUUUUUUUUGGAAGCUAGAGAUUGGGAUAGGUUAUAGGUGCGAGCCCUGGGACAUAUUAUACUUAAUCGGCUGCAUAGACAGGCGGCUACUACAGAGAUACCCACUUUCGUUUAUAGAGGUUUACGGCAGGCUUGAGGCCAUUUUUGGAUCAGCGCAGGCCGUUCUUUUCAUUCCCUUUGCGCCUUUAGCCAUUGGGUGUUGGGAAUCAUGGGAAUAAAGGGGUGUGAUAAGAAGGAUUCUAGGUUCCGGAUUUGUCUUCAUGCAAGAGGGUGUUAAUUCGCAAUCACUUCUCCUGGCAGACCGUCACGGCUGUCCAUUCUAAUGGAUACUAGAUAUGGAGGAAAGGAGAUGGGGGAGAUUCGAUCUACAGAAGCACUUACCUAGAUACCUAGAUAGCUACCAGGCAAUAAGCACGCUUCGAUCGUCGUCGGCGCACGUUGAUCUACUUACUAUAUGCAACUAUGGCAAUAAAUGCAAU